UCCAGGCUGACGGGAUCUUUCUGUGCGCAGGUUCCACUCCUUCCUCCUGUACCUGGGCUACCCCAGCUCCUACGUCCGGAAGGCCACCGUCGGCGGGUUCUGCAAGAUGAUCAGCGACUUCGCCCUGGAGUACCACGUGGCCCGACACCAGAUCCUGCAGCAGCGGGAACGCCGGGAGAGGGAGAAGGAACGUCGACAGGGUGUGAGAGGGUUCGGGGAGACGGACUCCCCACCGAGCGUGGUGGCGGUGAGCUGGCGCACGUUCCCGGACUCCAGCCAGCAGCACGAAGACAUGAAGGAGAUCCUGUCCACCCCGGAGCGGAGCCGGAAGUUCGACAGCAGUCUGCCUCGCUCCCGAAGGAAGAAGGAGAUCCUCGACCAGAAGAAGUUUCCCUGGUAACAGGGCCAAGGCCAAGUCAGAAAUGAGGCCUGAGCGUCGAACAGGACGGCGUCCCUGCCUUGUGAAGGAUGUCUCUCUCUCUCUCUCUCCCUCCCCCCUCUCUCUCUCAGUCCCUUUCCUUCCAGCCACGGCUUCGGACUCUGUGGAGCGAGACUGUCCCAGCAUGACCAGCUGGGGCAGAGUGAGAGAAUUCCACAAUCCGGGAAUGUGGUGGUGUUGUGUGGGACAGGCCUGAGGCGGGUCAACCCGAA